AUGCUUCGUCCUCGCUUCUCCGCCGCUCACCACUUUACCCUGGGUAUCUUCGGGUGUCAAUACCAUGCCGACACCCCAAGCACCGAAAAGCUCGAGCGGAUCGAAAAGUUCGACAAUCUCAUUAAGGAUGCUAGUGUUCCAGUCGAGCGCUUAGAACAGAACAACAUUCCCUCGAGGGUUUGGAUGACUUACUGGACUUCACCUCAAACCUUCAAGUCAUGGUGGGAGAGCGACGCUACAAAGGACUUUUGGGCAUCACUUCCAGAUGACGCUGGCUUCUGGAGGGAGUCGGUUUGCCUUCCUGCAACUAGAGCCAUGCAUGAAUGCACAGGAAAAGAUCCAGUUGGCUUUGGACAUUGUGGAGAACUUGUGCCUCUGACUGAGAAGACUGGGUAUUGGGGAGCAUAUCGAUCUCGUAUGACGCCUGACUUUGAAGGCGACACAUUCAGUUCUUCUUCGGACGCUUGGCAGCCCCCAAAGCCUAUGACGGAUAAGAUCCGACGUGGAAGAGCCCAGAUUACCAAGUUCCCGGACAACCUCUGCAUUGUUAUUGAGGGGCAAGACUACAGCGCUAUGAAGGAAAGGGAGCGCGAGUACUGGGACGAGAACUUUGAUGGCCUUACUAAGCAAUGGGUUACCAAUGUUGUAACAGCAGGCAUGGAGAAGGGAAUGGUGUCAGCAAGGGCAUGCCACGCAUUUGCGGGAGAGAAGUCACUUGGAGCAACAAACGGUACAACCAAUGGCGCCAAUGGCACCAAUGGUAUCAACGGUACGCCUAAUGGUGGCAUAUUUCCAGGCCUCGACUACAUCCGCCAAGCCCAGAUCCUGUACUGGACCGACCUCUCCAAGAUGGAGCACAUGGGCCGAUGGGACAAAGGCCACGUCAAGCUGCGACGUAACUUCAUGUCAGCAUACGGCCCCGGCGGCGUAAUGCAAGACGGCGAAAUCCUCCUCUGGGUCGAUCUCGGCAUCAUAAAGGGCGACGAGAUCGACGCCGAGUAUGUUGGGUGCUACGAAGGGACAGGGUUUCUCGCGUUUGACAAGAGCGCGAUGUUCGCGAGCACGAGCGUCGCUGCGGCUGAGCUACCGCCGAUUUUCGAUAAGCCGAUUGCGUGUCAGCCAAUAGAAUGGUAG